AUGCUGAUUCUGCUGAUCCUAACACUUUUCACUUACACUCUAACUCAAUACACUGGUACUUUCACUACUCCUUAUGGUUACGCUUCUGUAGUAUCGUUAAGACCGCCACCACCACCGGGAAUGUUAGGACCAGGGGUCCCAUACGGCGCUGUUGGACCUAUGGGUGGCCCCUACGGGCCGUACGGUCCGUACGGUCCAAUGGGACCAAGACCGUUUGGGCCGAUGAGUCCAUAUGGAUAUCCACGAAGAGAUCCGGUUAGAGGAGCGGUGGUUGGCGGUUUAAUCGGUGCGCUAGCAGGUUGA